UCAACUAUGCAGUCUCUCGACCCCACGCCCCCGGCUGCCUCUGUUCCAGAUCCUCCUGCCUCCGAGCCCGCUGCCGCCGAUUCUGCUGCUGCACGGUCAAAACCACCCUUCCUGGCCUCUCUCAACAUCUCCUCCUUCUCUGCUUUUCGUUCCCAGCCUUCCAACCCUCCCCCCGCACAGUCUCCCAUUCGUCGAAAGCCCCUGCCACCCGAUUCUCCAGUCGUGGCAAGGUACUCGCACCCGCGCUCCAGCCUUCAAUCCAAUGCUGCAGGGGAUAGUCGACGUGCUGCUAAUAUAGUUUACAACCCAUCCUCCCAGGGCCCUCGCCCCAUCGACGCACAUCCACUCCCGCCCGUCAACAACGACGACGACCUUUUCAUCGUCAGAAACCUAGACGAUAACCCGCACGGCAACACUCCGCAAACCGCUACCGCCCCCAAGUUCCCCUUCAAGCCCCGGAAAAGUUCAUUGUCCAUUUCCACCACCAAUCCCACCUCGUCUGGUCCACUACCGCGGCAUGAAAGAUCAAACAGCAGCUUGCAACAGAGCAGAGUAGGCCAGAUCAAAGGUCUGCAGAAAGCGUCACAACACGUUCGGUCCCCUACUAUGCCCAAUAUGCCCAUGUACACAUCAGAUCCACGACAGCAGCAAAACCUACGUCUCAAAUUGGACGGUGUGACCGAGGACUUUAUCGAGGAGGACAUCUACGAGACGGAGCAGGACAGAGAAGAAGAGGCGAGGCCGGUGAAACCAAACGGAGGCGGCUUUUCCUCGUUUUUUGGCUGGAAUGCAUCAAAACAAACCGGCCCUGAAUCCCCGACAACAUCCUUUUCCGAGAGCCCUUUGUCCCCUUCCGCUUCCGCGGCCCCACGUUACCCUAACCAAUCCAACGUGACCUCCAAAUCAAAACCUUCUGGGCUCGACAUCCCCAUGGCGAACUCCAUCAACCAACAAUCGUAUUUCAACAUACCAGGAACUCCUUUAUUAUCAUCGUCUCCCCAGAUGAACGCACACGUCGAAGAAUUAGAGCGCGAGCUCAGGGAAGUGAGCUCGGAGCUCGCCGCUUCUAUCCGCAGGGAAAUGGAACUGGAGGAUGAGGUCGAAAGAUGGAAGGUGGAGAAUUCCUCGGCCAUGUCUGUCGACAAUCGACGAACCAGCGAUUACUAUUCCGAUUCGGGAACCAGUUCUGUUCGUUUUCCUAUCGGAGAUCCUGAAAGCAAACUGGAAGAGCUUGAAAUGCUCCGAAGGAAGGCUGAACAAGAGCGCGCGCAACUGAAGCUUAGCAUGGCAGAACGUUUGCAAGAAGAGCUCCGCCGACGCCGCGAUCUGGAAGAGCAGGUUCAACAGCUUGAAGAUCAAGUCAGCGGCCCAGCCCAGCAAUCUGGAGCUGGGGGCUCCACUGUCAAGGAAUUGGAAGCGUCCCUAGAAGAUGCCAAAAGACGGUUAUCCGAAGAGCGACAGGUCAAGGAAAAUUUCGAAGACCUACUGACGGCCCUCCGUGGCGAGCUCGAGAAACACCGGAAUGAGCGAGACAAUCUUCGCGACGAGGUAGUCCCCCAGCUUCGGGCACGCUUGGAAGGAUUGGAGACGGAAGCUGCCGACACACAGGGGCUCAUUUACGAAACGACCCGAAUGCAGCAAGAAAUCCAGAACCUCCGGAACGAGAAUCAGGCCCUGUCACGACGACUCAACCAAGAGGGUGGCCCUAAUCAAGUUCGAUUUUCGGCCAUUGCCGAAGAGAAUGAUGCCCCCGGCGCGGAAAAACCUCGUGUUGGUCUUUCGAGAUCCAACUCUCUCGCUCGGAGUUUGGGCUUCAACAAACGCGGUUCACUCCAACGCUCGGCGUCAGUCAAGGACAGGUCCGGAGGCGAGUCGCCUAGAGAGGGCCCCUCUGCCGGCAACCCGGUGAAAGAACUCGAAGAGCAGCGUGAUGCGCUGCACAAAGCUUUGAAGCAUCUGUUACAACGGCAAGAAUUGCAGCAGAGAGACUUCGAGAAGCGCAUCAAGGAGCUUGAAGCAGAGAGAGAUUCCGCGCUCAAUUUGACACCUCGCAGGACCGCGUUCCACAAAGAAGUGUCGACAUUAAGAACGGAAAUGAACUCGUUGCGACGUCGGGCUGACGAUGCCCUAGAGCAAAAGUGGCAAUGCGAGAAUGGCCUUCGCGGUCUGCGCAUGGACUUGGACCGCGCGCAGCAGGAGACCACUUCUCUACGUGAUCUGUUGAAAGAAAACGAAAUCACCAUUCCGGAGAUCAGGAUCGAAGACCAGUCCAUGUCCCUCAACAAGUCGUACAAUGAGCUUCGCACUACCCAUGCGCUUUCGUUAGCCCGCAUAAAGCAGAUGGACGCGGAAGAUUCAUUGGGGGCAGCUGGCGAUGAAGCCGAAAAGACAUUGGAUUUGCUCAAGCGUAGCAUUUCAGACGCUGAGGCUGAGCGUGACUACGCACAGAAGGAGGCUGAACAGUAUCGCCAACAAGCGCGCGAUUUGCAAAGAUCAGAGCUUGCGCAUCUUGGUAAAGAACAGAAGCUUAGCGCCGAACUGUUCGCGGCGGCAGGUCGCAUGGACGAGCUUUCUGACAAGAUCCAACAACAGCUCACUUCCAACACUGCUCUCCGCAAGCGCCUGGCCGAGGCGGUUUCUCGUGGUGAACAAGACCAGGAAAAAUCCACCGGAGCCAUCAUUGAGCUGGAACGCAGAUUGAAGGCUGCCGAGGAUAAGGUCAUGGUUGCGCAACAGUCAUCGGAAGAAGCCAUUGCACGACACGAGGGCGAAGUCAAGGCAAUCAAGGAAAGCUACAACAGCCAUCUUCGUCGCGCCAAAGCCGGCUUGCUUAGCCCCAAUGCCUCUUCACCGAUGAUGCCUUCGUCACCCGUCUUUGCUCAGCGUUCUCCUCGCCUGGAUCAGACCACCAGUGGCCCAGCCAUGACCAUGGCCGAAGCCACACGGACCCAGCUGCUUGAGAAACGGGUGGAGGAGCUGGAGAAAGCCCUCCGAGACGCAGACCACGAAAUGGAGGAGGUGGUCGGCCGUAUGAACAUGGCGCAGAUGGAGGUUGCCGACCUUCAAUACCAGAGGGACGAAGCCAUGCGAAACACCAGGAAACUGCAAUCCGACAUUCUUGUCGAACGCGAAAAAGUACAGGCUCUGAUGGCCCAGAACUGA